AUGGCUUCGCUCUCAUCGCCGCCUCGCGUUCCUAUCCCCGCCAACGGGGUCGACUAUCGCGGGAAAGUCGUCCUGGCUCCAAUGGUCCGCUCAGGAGAGCUACCAUCCCGUCUCCUCGCCCUCAAAUACGGUGCUGAUCUGGUCUGGGGACCGGAAACGGUCGAUCGUUCUCUCAUCGGCACUACCCGUCGUAUCAACCCGCGCAACUCAACCAUCGAAUUCACCCGUCUUCCGUCGAAUGGAGGCAGAUCUGAGAAGGCCACCCAAGAGUCUGUCAUAUACCGCAUUGAUCCUGUGCGAGAAAAGGGGAAAUUGAUCUUUCAGAUCGGAACCGCAUCACCGGAAUUGGCUGUGCAAGCGGCAAAAGUCGUGGCCGCCGAUGUUGCAGGGAUCGAUGUCAAUUCGGGCUGUCCAAAGCCAUUCAGCACGAGUGGAGGAAUGGGCGCAGCACUUCUGCGGGAUCCAGACAGACUCGUCUCCAUCCUUGAGGCCCUUGUACGCGAAGUUGGGAAUCCGUAUCAGAUCGGCAUUUCAGUUAAGAUUCGCCUCCUCGAGAAACCGGAGGAAACAGAAAAACUCGUGACACGCCUUUGCGCCACUGGAAUUACUGGUCUGACCGUACAUUGCCGCACGACCCCUAUGCGGCCCCGCGAACGUGCCAUCCGUGAUCAGCUUCCCAUGAUUGCCUCGAUUUGUCGAAAGGCAGGUGUGGCUUGUGUCAUGAAUGGGGAUGUGACUUCCCGCGAUGAAGCUCUCGCGCUGAUGAAGGAGUAUGGUGUUGACGGUGCCAUGAUUGCGACAGCUGCAGAAUCCAACCCUUCGUGUUUCCGUACUGCUGCCGAGGGUGGACUUCUUCCGUGGCGCGAAGUCGUCCACGAUUAUAUGGAGGCGUGCUUGCAGUGUGAAAAUCGUUGGGGAAACACAAAAUACCUUCUCAACAUCUUGAUUCCCGGGAAAAACAAGGAAUUCAAGGACGCCAAGUCUGCCAAAAACUAUUCGGACGCUUGCCGUCUCCUCAAAUUUGAUGAUCUUCUCCCCACCGCGAAAGAGGUAGACAAGAUUAUGAAUUUGGAUAAGAAGGCAACUAUCAGCAGCGAUGACGACGUUCGAACCUCUGCAGUUCAGAAUGCGAUGGAGAAUAACGAAUCAGCAAGGGCUGCAGGGGGCGAAAUGAGCAGACCCAAGCAAAAUUCGCCCGUUGCCAGUGGUUCCGGUCCCAUACGGACGAACUCAAUCCCAAGUCCAGCGUCGAACCCAAAGCCUGAGACUGGAGUUGAUCUGUCCGCACCGACACUCAACCCCCAACAGGAUGCAGGCAUUGCUGUCUAA